CUUGGUUCACUGUUCUGACGUCAGACCUAAACAAGAAGGACUGAAAGCUAUUAGCCUGGUAUUCGCUGUAUAUUUGUUUGAACUCAUAUUAAAAUGUCUUCUCAAGAUCUCUGGUUACAGAACUAUGAUGCUACGUGCCGCCUCGCUCAAGAAAUUGCAGAGAACAUCCACGAGAGAAACCGGCAGCAAAGAACCGGAGGAAACCCUGCCAAGAUCAACAUGAGUCUGCGAGCGUCGCUACAGAAGCUGAAACAGAGCAUCAGCCAGCUCAGAGAGGGCUUGCUCCGGGCCUCGUCCUCCCGACGCAUAAUGCAGUCCGAAGCUGAUCGAAGGCAGAACCUCGUUGACGACCUGGUCACCAGGGAGAAGCAACUCAACGCCACUUUCAAGGGUGACGUCACAGAACCCGAGCCCUCAAGGUCGACGUUGAUAUCGGGAGGCGGCGGCGCUGGCGGCGGGGCGGCGAACCCGUGGCUCGUCAACGAGCCGGAGGAGACCCGGGGGCUGAGCUUCGGAGACAUCAAGCAGCAGCAGCAGAGCAUUAUUCAAGUCCAGGACGCUGGUUUGGAUGCGUUGGCAGAAGUCAUCAGCAGACAGAAGCUGAUGGGCCGGGAGAUUGGUAACGAGCUGGAUGAGCAGAAUGAAAUCAUCGAUGACCUGGCACACCUGGUGGACAAGACGGACGGCAGGAUCCGCACCGAAACGCGGCGGGUGAAGCUGGUGGAGACCAAGUCGGCGUCAUGCGGGAUGCUGGUAGUGAUCGUCCUCCUGUUGAUCGCCAUCAUAGUGGUUGCUGUGUGGCCGGUUUAAGGGCAUCUCUUUGUGUACGGGGCCCCGCCUGCUACCGAAGACCGCUGGAUUGGAUCGGGACUCUUGAGGGUGAACCGGGGGCCCACGGGGGAGAUGGGACGAUUUGACUCUGCUCUCAUUGCACAGCAUGGCUCGCCAUACAGUACACACACACACACACACACAGAGAGAGAGAGCCAGACAAACACACGUACUAACACACAGAGACGCACACACAAACAUUCUCACACACACAGACGCCAUUCCCCUCUCUCUCUCCUGUCCCUGGAUGUUGACCUUGCACGCCCGUUGAAGCCAGUGGGUAAGCGAACUGUUACUGUUUCCUGCCGUACGGAGGCCAGAAUGAGAAGCUGAGCACUCGAACGAAAGACGAGAAGCUUAUUAUUUUGUUAAAUGGUGUUUGGUUGGGUAGAGGGCAGUGUGACCCUACAGUAGGAGCUGCCGCCAUGGGACUUUGAUUUCCUUUAAUAAUUCUGUCUGUGGUCUGAGGGUACAAGGACGGUGAUUCCACUGGCUUAGCAAUACUCACUCUGAUAUUUACCUUUCCUCGCUGCUCUGUAAUGUUCAUGUUAUGAUUUGUCUUUGGAUUUUUAUAAUGUUUAUGGAAUAAUGCCAGCCAAAACAAAUAACACAAACCUUGUCGCUAACUAUGACUGUUUUCUUUUCCUGUAAAUCAAACGAACUUAAUGGUAUGUUGUAAUUUUCCAAUAAAUGACAUGUACUGUUACUAGA